AAAAACACUUUGAUGAUUGAUCCAAGAAACGUAAGAAGUUAGCCAAAAAAAACUGAUUUUGAGAGAUAUUUUUACUUUUGUCUUUUUGGGAUUUGAGAGUGUUUGAGAAAUGGAGAAGAGCAGGGUAUUGAUAAUCGGAGUGACUGGAAAUCUUGGUCACCAUUUGGCCAAAGCCACCCUCCAAUUUUCUCACCCCGCAUUUGCUCUCGUCAGGCCCUCUUCCUUCUCCGACCCUCAUAAGGCCCACAAGCUUCACUCUCUCUCCAAUGCCGGCGUCACACUCCUCCAAGGUUCACUUGAAGACGAAGAAAGCCUUAUGGCAGCAGUGAAGCAAGUGGAUGUGGUGAUUUGUGCUGUUUCGUCCAAACAAGUCCUCCUUCAGAAGCUCCUUGUCCAAGUGAUCAAAAAAUCUGGCUGCAUCAAGAGGUUUAUUCCCUCAGAAUUUGGGUUGGACCCAGAUAAGACUAGAAUAUCAGACAUGGACUACAACUUUUAUAAGCAGAAAUCUGAGAUUAGGCGUUUUGUGGAAGCUCAUGGUAUUCCCUACACUUACAUUUCCUGCAAUUUCUACAUGAGUUAUUUGCUUCCUCAGCUUGUUCAGCCAGGCCUCAAGGUCCCUCCGAGGGACAAGGUUACAAUUUUUGGCGACGGGAAUACUAAAGGUGUUUUUGUGAAGGAAAGUGAUGUUGCUGAGUUCACUAUCAGGACAUUGGAUGAUCCACAAACGUUGAAUAAGGUUUUGUAUUUGAGGCCGCCUGGAAAUGUGUGCUCAAUGAAUGAACUUGUUGAGCUUUGGGAGAGUAAGAUUGGGAAGAAGCUGGAGAAGAUAUUUGUAUCAGAACAAGAGCUUCUUAAGAAAAUUAAAGAGACUCCAUAUCCUGACAACAUGGAGAUGAUUUUUAUAUAUUCUGCAUUUGUAAAGGGAGAUCAAACUUACUUCGAUAUCGAGUCAUCUGGUGGUCUAGACGGUACAAAUCUGUAUCCAGAGCAGAAUUUUACUACAAUCAGUGAAUAUUUAGACACCUUAUUGUAACAGCUUUUUUCACUCAAUUCUUGAAUCUUCAUAACAUUAUUGACUCUAUCUUACAUUUUUCACUUUUUUAGGCUGAGCUACUUUUUUGAUGCCUAGAGGAUUCAAUUUAACAAGCUCAAUAGUGUACUUGGAUUUCCUUACAAUUAUAUGAGUAGCACCGUCUAUUCUCA